AUGGCUGAAAACACACCAACAGGAGGACACACUGCUCGCUUCAGUGCCUACAAGAACAAAGGCCGGGACAUUGAGGACCUCCGAAGACGGCGAGUAGAAACUUCUGUUGAGCUGAGAAAACAAAAGAAAGAGGAAACAUUGCUGAAAAGAAGAAAUGUGGAGGUGUCUGAUGAGGAGCCACCAAGUCCUCUACAAGAGCAGAACAAGCAUGUUAUGUCCAUGCCUGAGAUCAUCGCUGGGAUCAAGGGAAAAGAUUCAGCUGUAGUGCUGAAAUGCACAGAGUCUGUGAGGAGACUUCUGUCCCGGGAGAAGAAUCCACCAAUUGAACGAGUGAUUGAGGCAGGCCUAGUCAACACCCUAGUCACUUUCCUUGAUGCUAAUGAUAAACCAAACCUUCAGUUUGAAGCAGCCUGGGCACUGACAAACAUUGCCUCAGGGACUUCAGAACAGACACAGGUGGUUGUCCGGGCUGGAGCAGUGCCACACUUUGUGAGGCUCCUGAGUUCCCCCAGCAUGAGUCUGGUGGAGCAGUGUGUUUGGGCUCUAGGCAAUAUUGCAGGUGAUGGUGCAGAAAUGCGAGACAUGAUCACAUCUCAUGGAAUUAUUGAACCCCUGAUGCGGCUUGUAGACAUGGGUGCUCCAGCUUCUUUCCUUCGCAACGUAACUUGGACAUUCUCCAACUUGUGCCGCAACAAAAACCCACCUCCCAAGAUGAAGGCCAUCCAGGCAUGUUUGCCAGCUCUGCGAGCCCUUAUCCAACACCCAGACAGGGAGGUGCUGGCUGACACCUGCUGGGCCUUGUCCUACAUCACAGAUGGUGCCAACCAGCAGAUCCAGGAGGUUGUGGAUCUUCCCGGUGUCCUGCCACGACUUGUGGAGCUGUUAGGAAGCACUGAUGCUUCAGUUGUUACCCCAGCUCUGCGAACCAUUGGUAACAUUGUCACCGGAGAUGAUUGUCAGACUCAGGCUGUGCUGGACACAGGUGUGCUGCAGAUGAUGCCCGGUCUCCUUCAGCAUUCCAAGAACAGUAUUAAGAAGGAAGCCUGCUGGAUGUUGUCCAACGUCACUGCUGGCUCCACAGAGCAGAUCCAAGCUGUCAUCAACCACAACCUUCUGCCACUUCUCAUUGAUGUGCUUUGUACGGGUGACUUCAAAAGUCAGAAAGAAGCUACUUGGGCAGUGACCAAUCUAACCUCUGGGGGAACCACAGAACAGAUCAGCUAUGUGGUUCAGUGUGGAGCCCUCAAGCCUCUGUGUGAUCUUCUGGUGUCCAAGGACACAAAACUGCUGCAUGUGUUGCUGGAUGGCAUCAUCAAUAUUCUUGAGGCAGCUGACAAGGUUGGCCAGACAGAGCCUGUAUGUAUGAUGAUGGAAGAGGUCGCCGGCUUGGACAAAAUUGAACAGCUUCAGAACCAUGAAAAUGUACAGGUGUACAAGAAAGCUUAUGAGAUCAUUGAGAAAUACUUCUCUGAAGAGGGAGAGGACAAGGAACUCGCCCCAGAAAGCAAUGAAGAGUCUGCCCAGUACCAGUUCAACACAAACAGCAUCAACCCUACACAAGGGUUUAAUUUCUAG